AUGACCUCAGGUAAAAGCGACGAGGAAGGCGGAGAAACUCCGGAACUGGGAUUGGAGAACGUGGGCGGUGUCUUUCUGGUACUGGGAUUCGGAUUGUUAUCGGCCAUGGUACUCGGAUGCACAGAGUUCCUCUGGAACGUCAAGUCAGUAGCUAUUGAAGAAAAGAUAUCACUUAAAGAUGCUUUUAAAUCUGAGGCUUUGUUUGCGGCCAAAAUUUGGAUAACCACCAAACCUGUGCACACAAGCUCUGGCUCUGGCAGCUCAUCUUCGGCCAGUUCCUCUUCAAGUCGCUCAAAGCAUUCUUCAAAGUCGCAGGGCGUAUCUAUGAAAAGUCUCAAGAGUUCAGGGGAUCAUGACGUAGAGGCAUCGGUACACAGCAAACUGAAGAAAAUCGGUUCCAUGUUCUCACUAAAAUCACAGAAGACAACCACUCCGCCUCCAGAAAUAGGCUGGAAGUUGGACAAGUCAACGCAAAUGGAUGAAUUCCCAACUCCAGAACGCGAGUCCGAGUUGAUCCCAGAGGUAGCCCAGAGCCAGAGAUAGA